CACAACAGAUCUUUGGCAAACCCUCCAAGAGACAUGGUCUUUGGCAAACCCUCCGUGUCUCCUCCUCCCUCCAGGAUCUCUCCUCCUCGCCGCAGCCUCUUUCUCCAAAGCCACACCCCCGCCGCGCCGGAGAUGCCUCCUCUUGAUCCUCCUCCUCUCCCUCCUGCUCCCCCUCCUAUACACCCUCUACUCCCGCUCCCACGCCUCCGCCAAAUACUACGUCGUUCUCGAUUGCGGCAGCACCGGCAUCCGCGUCUACGUCUACAAGGCCCAAAUCCACCACCGCCCCAACACCAACCUCCCCAUCGCCAUCCACUCCCUCAAAUUCAGGUUAUGAAGGUACUGGUUAAUUCGUUUGGAGAGCUUGAGGGUAAUGCAUUUCUUGAACCUAGGACUGCGCAAGUAGCAAUUGUUGACCAUGUUAAACAAGAAGGGGAUAAGCAAAUUAGACAUGUAUUAUACUCACUUAGUCUUAGUUGUAAUGAAGGUGGAACAAAUUAAAGUGGGCAAGAGUGCCGUGUUAGGGGACAAAUGACUUUUGGGUGAGUCAUGACAGAUCAUACAGCGAAGUGGGACAGAGGAAUGUCAAGGGGCGUAUAUGGGAGAAGCUCUUUGACUCCUGCUGACGAAGGAGAAAAUGGAACUGGCCAACACAACCUUCAAAAGAAAAUGCUUCACAAAUUUAUACUUGUUGGUUCUGUCAAGUCUGGAACAUGUACCAUAUUUAAACAGGUGGGGGCCCAUUACUUUGAGGAAGGAAAUGUGCAGUUAGAUGCGAAACAUGAAUGCAAAGAUGCAACUCUCUUUCAGCAGUUACAGAACAGCAGAAGCCACCUAGUUUUGUCUAUGACAAUAAAAUACAUGAAAGACGUGAUGUUAAACCAAAUAAGGCUAUGGCAAGGACAUCUCGUGACCAUCAAUUUCUACCAAAACAAUCUAGCAUCAGGCCUGAUGCUUUUGGACAUUGCAACAUGGAUCAUAGCUUGCACUCUUCAACUACUUACCCUUUUUCUGCUGCAUUUUUUUUUCUGAUUGCAUUUUGUUUUCGAGUUUUGUUGCUGGUACUUGUGUAAUUGUGUUGAUUGUUGAAGUGGAUUUUAUUUUUUUUUUAUUUUAUUUGAUUUGAAUUGUUUGACUGUUUUGAAUCUGAGUUGCUAUUAGAUAUUUUGGUGCU